AUGGCCGAUCAGGUCGAGUCCUCGUCGCCGUUCCACGGGGGACAAGGCAGCCAUGACCCAUCAAAUUCGUCGCUGAACGGAGGGACACCAGGGGCAUCGCUCCCCAUGAGCAUCCCCGCCGCUCCCGCCGGCAUCGGGAUCGAGCCCGACGGCUUUCCCGCCACGUCGCUGUCUCCGCCAGCAGGCCGCAUCCUCAAUGCGGGAGCUGCGGUUUUCGUGCCACGUGUCGCGAGCCCCAUGCUCGCCUCCGCAGGGGGGCCUUCCCGGGGAAGCCCGGUGCCUCCGCAGCCGGCGCAGCCGCCGCAUCAGGCGAUGAUGCCCAUGCAGCAAUCGAUGUCGCCGUCAAUGGCGCCGUCUAUGCCGCCGUUCAAUGUUCCGCACAUGGGGCAAGGCCUCCCCGCGCCUAUGGGGUACGGCCCGCCGGGGAUGGGCGCGCAAGGCAUGUACGGGCACCCAGGGGGGGGCGGCGGCGGCGGCGGAGGCGGAUACAUGCACAGCGGCUCACCGGUGGAGGCCAGUCCGCUCAUGCCGAUUGCCGCGGGUCCGCGCAGGCAAGCGCGCGGACACGGGGGGCACGCGCACGGACACGCGCACGGGCACGGCGGGCAUCCGCACGCGCACGCGCACGCGCACAUGGGGGGAAUGAUGGGGGGACCGCAUCAUGGGGGAGGGGUGGGGAUGGGGAUGGUGAUGGGGAUGGGGAUGGGUGUUCCUAUGGGGAUGCCGCCGGCAGGAAUGAUGGCGGCGGCGGAGCGCGAGGGCGCCGUGGUGAUGCAGAGCGGCUCGCCGCAGAUGGUGCCGCAGAUGCCGGCGCAAAUGCCGGCCCAGAUGCCGCUGCCGGCCGUAGAACCCGCGGAGGCAGCCGGGAACGAGCUUCCUCACGAGGUAGUUGCGGCUGGGACGAACGGCGUCGCGGCUGCUGCUCCUAGCGCGGCGGAAGCGGCGGGGGCGGGGGAUGUUGAGAGUGCGGCGCAUUCCGGCAAUGGCGCGGUGGGAGCGGGGGGCUCCGAUGGAGCGGAAGCGAAAGCGGAAAUGGAAGCGGGAGUUGGAGGUGCGAGCGUGAGUGCGGAGAGGAGUGAGAAUGUGGGGUGCGAGGGAGAGGCAUUGACAGACCAAGGGAAGGUGACAGAGAGUGAGGGGGAGAGUGCGAGGGGAGGGAAGAGCGAAGGGGGAGAGGGAGUGGGUGAAAAGAGAGAAGGUGGGGGUAGUGAAACAGCGGAAGCGCAAGCUGCGAAAUCGCAAGCAGCGGAAGCGCAAGGAACGGAAUCGCAAGAAGCUGAUGAUGAUAAGGACUGGGUGAAGGUAGACCAUCAUCAUCACCAUCACCACCACCACCACCCACACCAGCAGCAGCAGCAGCAGCAGCAGCAGCCACAGCAUAAACACCCGCAGGCCGGGCACACCGGCGCGCAGGCGCACGCACACGGGCACGGGGCGGGUCAGGGGAAGGGGGGGCAGCAGGGAGCGGCGGCGGCGCAUGGGAAGGCGAAGGGGGGAAAGCAGGGGAAGGAGCCGAGUGUGCAGCUAGCGGGGAAGGAGCUGGAGGAGGUGAAAGAGAAGAUGGUGCGACAGGUGCGUGCUGGGGCAGGUGCGGGCUGGGGCAGGUGCGGGCUGGGGCAGGUGCGGGCUGGGGCAGGUGCGGGCUGGGGCAGGUGCGCGCUGGGGCAGGUGCGCACUGGGGCAGGUGCGCGCUGGGGCAGGUGCGCGCUGGGGCAGAUCCCUCCCCCUGCUCGCCUGAGCCCGUCAUUCUCUCCUCCUCGUCUGUCCCUCCCUUGUUCCGUCCACCCUCCCCUUACGUUCCCCCUCCUCGUCCGUCCGCGCCUCCUCCCGCUUCCCCUCGUGCCGGGGCACAUGGCAACAGGUGGAGUUUUACCUGAGCGACCAGAACCUUCCCACGGACAACCGUCUCAUGAAGCUCGUGCGUCUCCUCGUCCCCCCUCCGCACCCGCCCCCCCUCUCCGUGCGUCCGCUGCUGUUCACCAGGUGGAGUUUUACCUGAGCGACCAGAACCUUCCCACGGACAACCAUCUUAUGAAGCUCGUGCGCAAGGACCCUGACGGAUACGUGCCGCUGAAGAUCAUAGCGGAGUUCCGCAAGAUCCGUGCGCUCGUGCCCCAGGGCUCGCCCAACGUGGCGGUCGUCAACCUGCUCGCCGCCGCCCUCAGAGCCUCGCCCUUCCUCGUGGUGGGGGAGGAUGGCAAGAAGGUGCGGCGGGCGGUGGCGCUGGGGGAGGUGGAUCUGGAGGAGGUGCAGGCGCGCACAGUGGUGGCGGAGAACCUACCAGAAGACCAUUCCAUCCCAGCCAUGGAGGCUCUCUUUGCCAAGGCGGGAAAAGUGAAGAUGGUGCGAGUGUGCAAGCCCGAAGCGGCCAACAGCGCCAACCAGGCGGCGAUAGCUGCAGCAGCUGCGGGGGCAGGAGCGGGGGCUGGUGGGGGCAACAGCGGGAGGCACGGGCACAAGCAGCAUGCGCACCACCACGACCUUGUUGUCACUAACAAGCUGCAUGCGUUGGUGGAGUAUGAGAGUGUGGAGGAGGCGGAGAGGGCAGUUGAGAUGCUGACAGAUGAGAACAACUGGCGCAGUGGCCUGCACGUGCGCCUGCUCAUCCGCAAACCCGCACAUAAGCAGCACCAACAUCAGCACCACCAGCAUUCGCACCAGCAUUCACACCAGCAGCAUCAGGGUCAGCAGGCACAUGCAGGGAAGAACAAGAAGGGCAGUCAAAGCAGCCUUCACAGCAACCACAGCAGCAGCGGCAGCCUUUCUGCUGCUGCAGGCACAGGAGCAGCAGGAGGAGCAGCAGCGGCAGCAAAGGGAGGAGGGGGAGGAGGAGCAGGAGGGGUUGUUGAUUCAUCAGCGGAGGAGAAUCUUCUAGAUGGCGUUGCGGCCAGUGAGGGAUUAUUGGCAUUAGAUGAUGGAGAGAAUGACGGGGAUGCGAGUAGCACUCAUGAUGCUUCACCCACCGCCGCCGCCGCCGUGGCCGUCGCUGCUGGUGCUGCAGGUGCUGGUGGUGGUGGUGGCAGAAGGGGUGGUAACAUGCCGGCACUCUCUCCCCCUGGUGAUGGCGUCCUUUCCAUGCCCGACAGCGAGACGAGCAGCAGCAGUCCACGCAAAGGCCGGGCCAUCAAGGGUCGAAACAAGGGAUCAGGGAGCAAGCUGUCAGGGGGCUCUGGCUCGUCCCACAACCAAGGCUCCUCUCUCUCCCGCACGCCCGGGCGCGACGGCAGUGGCAGCAGCUUCGGUAGCGCGCACAACCACCACGGCAGCAACAGCCACCACCAGCACCACCAGCACUCGCCAAACAACACCCCGCCACGCUCGCGCAUCGGCAGCAGCGGCAGCGGGAGCGGGAGUCACCAUCACAGCCACUUGCAUCCCCACCAGCACUCGCAGCACCACCACCACCAUCACCUGCACGGCGGAGGAACCCCCCCGAAAGGCGGUAGCUUGCCGUCCUCUUCGUUUCUCUUGCAUGGUAGCCCGUUGGGAGGUGCGGGAGGCGGUGGGAUUCUCGGGUGCGGAAGCGGAGGUUCGGGGGAAGGCUCGUCGCUGCUCAUGCGGCCCCCUCCGGGGCCCCGCAUGCCGGAUGGAACUAAGGGGUUUGCCAUGGGGCGCGGGAAAAGGUUACCGGCGGCAACAUGA